AUGGAUGCAACCCAAGAAGAGAUGAAAUUCGUCGGAUUACUCGGCAUUUUCAGUAAAUCCUUCAAAACAGUCUUCGCAUGGAAGAAAAUCUUCACCCAAAUCACCCUCACUCUAAUCCUUCCCCUCGCAAUCAUCUUCAUCGCUCACACUGAGAUCUCUUGCCGAUUCUUUCACCAAAUCGAAGAAGACCCCUAUCAAAUGUUCGUCAACGCCUAUGAGUAUUACCGAUCCUAUAUCUCCCAAACCAGCCCCACCGAAUUGCUCUUCUACAUCCUCUUUAAAAUCACCUCCAUCGCUCUCGUCACACUUUUCUCUCUCCUCUCCACCGCCGCCGUCGUCUACGCCAUCGCAUCCGUCUACACCGGCAGCGAUGUCACAUACCGCAAGCUCAUGAAAGUGGUUCCAAAGGUCUGGAAACGACUCACCGUCAGUUUCAUCUGUAUGUUCUUAACCUUCUUCGCUUACAACUUAAUCUCUUCCGUCGUGUUCUUCUUAUCGAGCGUCAUCUUCAUGGAAUUCUACAUUUUAUUUGCUAUAUCCAUUCCUUACAUCUUCGGGUUCUUAUACUUGGCCAUCGUUUGGCAACUUGCUAUCGUCAUCUCCGUUCUAGAAAGUUGCUACGGAUUGAAAGCCAUGAUCAAAUCGAUGGAUCUGAUGAAGGGGAAACGGAGAUUGGCGUUAAUGGUGUCAUUUCUUUUGUAUGGGUUGUUAGGAAGUGUGGUGUUUAUGUAUCUGGCAUUGGUCGUGCUUGAUGCUGCCGAGUUAGCGGUGGUUUGGCAGGCGGCGAUCGGAAUCUUAUGCUGUGUUUUGCUUGUGAUCAUGUUUCUGCUAAUAAUGGUGAUUCAAACAGUGUUAUAUCUAGUCUGCAAAUCUCAUCACAGAGAAGCCAUUGAUAAGGUGGGUUUAUCGACUUAUUUAGGUGCUUAUUUGAGCAAUUCACAGCCAGCUUUCAUGGUGGGUGAAGAUAUUCAGCUUGGAGGAUCACAAAAUCAACCAGUUUCUCAAGUAUAA